AUGCCGUGCUUCAAAGGUAUCGCGGUCAGCGUCCACGCUGAGGGUGCUCCCCUUCCAGAACAUCAGGUUCAGAAGCAGUCGAGAGUUUCGCGCGUCAACACUUAUAUCCCAGUACCAAAGCCAAAAAUACCAGCCGAUUCUAGCUCGAAUAAGCCAGAACCCUCCAAAUUCGCAAUCUCUAUCACUCUCCUCACGCCGGGGCUACCAGUGCCAUACUCGACGCCAAAAGCUACCGAAGAGAAUCCAAACCCGCAACCACAGACCGUCGGGGGACUGCCUGGCAUAACUUCGCAACGAGGGCUGUAUGCUGGCACUAUCGGUCCUUACAUCCCGAUCACCAAGUCUGAAAAUGAGACCAUUGCUGCCUAUAUUUAUUUUGAUGGCCGUGCAAAAGAAGAGGUUGCCACACUGCUAAGACCUGGUGAGGAGACAUGGGUCAACUCGCGUUGGGUCCAGGUGCCGGAAUCAGAAGGGGGAGGAUUAGCUGAACGGGAAUUUCUGUUUCGUGAAGUGGGACUGGAACGUUGGCUGAAUGGACUGGACCUCGAUGGGCAAGAUGCUGCGGCCAGGAUCGAGAAGCGCAGACAGAAAUUUGAGAAGCGUCGUCGUCGAAAGAAGGAAGGAAAGGGCAGUGACGAUGAAUUAGCUGAUGCUAUGUCUCCACGCAAAGUUUCUGGCCCACGAGACGUCCUUAGAUAUGGAGCUGAUGCGAGCUCUCCUGUAGAGAAGUUGUCUGACGAUGAAGGGUUCAGCUCAGAUUCUGAUGAUGAUGACGCUCUUCCAGAAGCCGCAGGCCAAAUUAAGGUUGCCAUGUUUAGAGUUUUAGCUUCUGGGGAAAUUAAGAGAGGAGAAUAUUCUCCACAGUUUGAUGCCCACGACGAUGAUGAAGGGAAAGAUAAGAAUGGAGGAGACGGAGGAGACAUUGAUCACACCACCAGUUUCGCAAAACCGAAAACGCUCGACCCAAAGUCCAUUAGCACGCAAACAGUCACUGGUAUUGAUGGGCCUGACAAGCCAUUCGCUGUCUUUACCUUUUUCUACAGGGGCGAGCGACAAUUGCAGAAAAUGGGCAUCCUUGCUUCAAAGGGCCAGAAAGCUACGGCCGGCGUCGCGGGCAAAAGGAGGUCCACUCAACUCGACUUUGGGAAUCUAACUCCUCUAAAGCCUACAGGAACGGUUGGGUUUACUACUUUCAGAGAUAAUGAGGGCCCUGCACGGGGGAAAAAGUCGAGAAAGAAGAGUAACGGCAACGUCGGUGUUGAUGAAGCAAUGGAUGAAGAUAGCGAGGAAGAGGACGACGUGUCUGAAGUAAUCGGCAAGAUGGAGGAUGUCGAAGACAAAGAUGUCAAGACAUUGCUAAGUCCAGAUGACGCAAAGUCUCAAAGCGAGAUCGCAGAUGGAGUGAAUAGAAUUAAGCUGAAGCGCCAGCAUUCGACCGAACCUCUCAAUUCUCGCAAAUCACCCGCAGGCAAUAGCUCUAUGGGAACAACGCCUCCAGCAGAUACAGAUUCCAAUGUCGGCCCGACUCUUUCAAGCACUAUUUUCGGAUCAAGCACCUUACAGGAGAGUGGGAUUGGCAGUCCUCUGAAAAAGCACAGAGCCAGCAUCAAUGGUUUAGACAGUGAUAUAAUGCAGAAGCGACUAGGGAGUGGGUUUGCGAGUGGUGAUAUAGUAGCAGCCGCUGAAGCCGCCCACUCGCAGCUUCCCGAACCCGCUAUCCCGAGCGUGAAGAUGGAAGAGGAAGAAGAAUUAUGA